AUGAAAUAUCUCACUCAAUUCUUUUACAAACACAUAGGCCGUAAUGUUGAAUAUUACAAUUGGUUUUUUGUGAACAUUAUUUUACACCCACAGACUGUGUAUGAGACAAAUAAAUAUCAACAUGGCUUAACACAGCAAUGGCAUCGUCGAGACCAUGCCAUCACAAAAAUAGUCUUUUUCUUCAAUUUUGUGUUAUCGACUAUUUUUGCGUUCACUUUUGUUAAAGGACUUUGGAAAGUGCCAUAUAUAUUAUUUGACUUUGCUAUACCUUUAGUCACAGGCGUCAUUAUCUCCGUCAUCAUUUUUUAUUUGUGCAAAAGUUCUUUCACAACAGGAGAUUCCUUCACAGUGAGGUAUUCAUACGACAUUCACAUCAAUGCUUAUUUUUGUUAUUUGCUCGUUUCUCACAUUUUGUUAUUUGUUCUUUCGCCGUUUCUAUUUAGAGACUCGUUAUGGGCAACUUUCGCAUCAAACGGCGUUUUACUCGUCUCACUCGCUUAUUAUACAUACAUCACUUUCCUUGGGUACAACAUUUUGCCGUUCAUGAAAAUACCAAAAACCGCCGCCUAUGCGCCUAUUGCUGUAUUUUCGUUGCUUCUUGUCUUUUUCAGCGCACUUGGAAUAAACGUUCCUCUCGUUUUGAUAUAA